AUGCUCUCAAUUUCGCUGCUGGGUGGAUCAAACACCCCAAACUUCGCGCGAGCCGAAUCUUCUUCUGUGCAAAGUGAAGUGUACGGCAACCCGCUGCAGAUAAGGCUCACGUUAACCGUCAAUUUGGGAUUCGAAUAUCUUGCGCGCGAGGAGAUUGGUCUGCGAGAGGAAAAGCUAAGGUUGCCGAAUAUUAACGACAUGACGCUCGCAUCGCUUCGGCAAAUACUUAUCAAAAAGUACCCACAUGCUACUUUAACCAUUGAAAGCAUCACGCUGGCCCUUAACUUAGAAUAUUCAGAAGACGACGCGGUGGUGCAGGACGGAGACGAAGUUGCACUGAUUCCGCCGAUCAGCGGCGGAUAG